CUGCGGCGGCCGGCGGUAGCGGAGCUCGUCCUGGCCUAGCCGAGGCUCGCGCCGCGGCGCUGGGGCCGCGUCACAGGUUUAAUUUAUUUUUGGAAAUCAAGUGCAGUAUUAAAAAGAGAACAAACCAUACUACAUUAUUGGAAGCCAUUUCUACUAAUUUUAUGACAUUUAAAAAUUUAUGAUUUGAUUUGAAUACUAUCAUGGGAGGCGCUGUGAGUGCUGGGGAAGAUAAUGAUGACUUAAUUGAUAACCUUAAAGAAGCUCAGUAUAUCCGCACUGAAAGAGUAGAGCAAGCCUUCAGAGCGAUUGAUCGUGGAGAUUACUAUCUGGAAGGCUACAGAGACAAUGCUUACAAAGACUUAGCCUGGAAGCAUGGAAACAUACACUUGUCAGCACCUUGCAUUUAUUCUGAAGUUAUGGAAGCAUUGAAACUUCAACCAGGAUUAUCUUUUCUUAACCUGGGAAGUGGAACCGGAUAUUUAAGUACAAUGGUGGGCUUAAUUUUAGGUCCUUUUGGAAUCAAUCAUGGAAUUGAGCUUCAUUCCGAUGUGGUGGAAUAUGCCAAGGAAAAACUGGAGAGCUUCAUCAAAAAUAGUGAUAGCUUUGAUAAAUUUGAGUUCUGCGAACCUGCAUUUGUGGUUGGUAACUGCCUCCAGAUAGCAUCUGACAGUCAUCAGUAUGAUCGGAUUUAUUGUGGAGCUGGAGUCCAGAAAGAUCAUGAAAACUACAUGAAAAUCUUACUCAAAGUUGGAGGCAUAUUGGUUAUGCCUAUAGAGGAUCAGUUAACACAGAUUAUGCGAACUGGACAGAACACUUGGGAAAGUAAAAAUAUACUUGCUGUUUCAUUCGCUCCGCUUGUACAACCCAGCAAGAAUGAUAAUGGCAAACCAGAUUCUGUGGGACUCCCCCCCUGUGCUGUCAGAAAUCUACAAGACUUGGCUCGUAUUUACAUUCGACGCACACUUAGAAAUUUCAUAAAUGAUGAGAUGCAGGCCAAGGGGAUUCCUCAGAGAGCUCCACCCAAGAGAAAAAGAAAGAGAGUUAAGCAGAGAAUUAACACUUACGUAUUUGUGGGUAAUCAGCUGAUUCCUCAGCCUCUAGACAGUGAGGAGGAUGAGAAAAUGGAAGAAGAUAGCAAAGAAGAGGAAGAAAAAGACCCCAGUGAAGCCAUGAAGCCAGACGGGCCACCACAGAAUCUACUGAGAGAAAAAAUCAUGAAGCUUCCCCUCCCUGAAUCUUUAAAAGCUUACUUGACCUAUUUUAGAGACAAAUAACUUAAACCAUGAAGAAAGAAUGCCUGCUGAUAAUUCCUUUAGUCUUGAAAAUUGUAGUAUUUAUUAGGAGAUAAGCAAAAGAGAAUUAUUUCAUCAGAGUGAAUUAUAGAGGAAAAAAGUAUAACUUGUUUCUGUCGGAUAACAAAAAUGACGUAUUCAGUGAUUUAAAAGAAUCUUUUCUAAAAUCUAUUUUUCUUUAAAUCUUGGGGGAGUGCUAUUUUCACUUAGUGAUUUUAAAGUGGAAUGCAACAAGAAUCAAGACUUUGUACUAUAAAUUCCCUUCGGAUUCCUUACAGAUUCAUGGCGGCGAAGGUUCAAUUUCAUUUUCUAUAAGGCUGGAAUACGUGUUAAGCUUUAUAUUUGAACUGCAGCUGUUUGUGUUUCCUUUAUGAGAACUUUAUUCUCUGGUAAGGAGAUUACAUGCUUUGUAGGCCUACUUACCUUUUGUUGACAAAGAUAUAUUCCGGGCAAUAUAUGAGUGCAAUAAUAAUACAAGAUAUGGAAUGAUUUAGCUUUAAAAACCAGGAAUUUCAUAAAAGAUUACAUCCCUGCAACUUUUGCUUUUGAAUCUAUUGCCGAACGAUGCAGGGGAUAUUCCCGCUUCUCUCAUAGAGAUUUUAGCCCAGCGAGCAAAUAUUAAAGUAGAAAGGACAAAGUUAAUACAACUCCUGAUUUGAGUGGAUCCUACAUUUUCAGUAUUUAAACAUAAUGAGGUUAUCUUGGCUCUCUAGAAUUUUAAAAGUAGCAUAUUUAGGAUUUUUUUCUGUAGUUCACUGUAUACAAUAUUAGGAUUAAAAAGAAGUCUGCUGUCCCGCUUGCUUCUGGCUGCCUAGGCAGUGAGUGGAUGAUUGGGUGCAUGUGGCCACUUCUUCCUAACAUAGCUCUGAGGAAUUGGGGCCACUGUGCUGUGGUCAGUUGAUGCACUUUAGCAAAUAUGACUUUAGUUUAUCUAAAUAUUUAUCUUUGAAAAGGUAGGGCAAAGCUUGCCUGCCUUUGCUUUGGAUCUUCCCAAACAAAAAGUCACAAAAAUUGUAUGUAGAUCUUUUGUGUUGAAAAAGUGGUUCAGAAUCAUAGUGUAAUAUUUAGGACCCACACCAUGUUCAUUUGACUCCCCAGGUUUUUCUCUUUCUUUGGUAACGUUAUAACAAUUUUUGUUUUUUAUUUUUGUUACAUUCUUAAGCAGUGAAUGUUACUAUCAGUUUUUUCUUCCUAGAAAGGCCUGAAGACAGUCAUUCCUUGUUAAGAAAGGAUACGGUGUAACAUUUAUUAUUCAGUGUGACAUAGGUUAUAUAGUUUUAAAGAGAAAAGUUUGAGAGUAUUGCUUAUCACCAUUGCACCACUACUACAAUAGUGGCUCAGAUUUGCUUAAGGAAACAUUGUGAAAGGACUAUUAUUUCUUUCUUUCUUUCUUUCUUUUUUUUUUUUUU